GCCGGAGGGCGGAGCGGCCGCAGACCGCGAGGAGCAUGUGGACGCUCGGGCGCCGCGCCGCCGCCGGCCUCCUGCCCCGCUCGGCACCCCCGGGCUCAGCCGCGGCCGGCGCGGGGACCCGGGGGCCCACGAGGGCCGCCCCGCUCCACGGCGGCCGGGGGCUGCGCGUCGGGACAGGAGCGGCCCGCGGGCCCAGCCACGCCAAUUUGAGCCUCCACCACCUCAAUCAGCUUGUGAAUGUCAAAAAGCAGAGUGUCUGUUUGAUGAAUAUGAGGACAGUGGGAACUGUGAGCAGCCCUGGCUCUCUGGAUGAGACCACUUAUGAACGACUGGCAGAGACGACACUGGACUCCUUAGCAGAGUUCUUUGAAGACCUUGCAGACAAACCUUACACAUUGGAAGACUAUGAUGUCUCUUUUGGGAGUGGUGUUUUAACAGUUAAACUGGGUGGAGAUCUAGGAACCUACGUGAUCAACAAGCAGACCCCAAACAAGCAAAUCUGGUUAUCUUCACCAUCCAGUGGGCCCAAGCGCUACGACUGGACUGGGAAGAACUGGGUGUACUCCCAUGACGGUGUGUCCCUCCACGAGCUGCUGGCCACAGAGCUGACUAAAGCCUUCAAAAUCAAACUGGACUUAUCUUCUCUGGCCUAUUCUGGAAAAGGCACUUGAGGCCCAGCUUUGUUCCAAAGACCUUAAAAGCUAAAAAGCCAAGACCCCAGCUUCAUCCUGCAGCUGAGUAUCUGUUUUUUUCCAUUCCUGCUUUUGAGGACAGUUGUGGCAUGUGACGGCUCUGUGAAAAGAGUGUGUUGCCUCC